CCUCCACUUCCCUCUCUUAUUCAAAUCUUCCAUACCAACUUAACAACACUUGUGUACUCAUAAACCACCUCUCAAACUCUUCCCUCACCUUCAAUUCCUGCAAUGGCAACCACAGUUGAAAAAACCCCGAUUUGUGUGUCGAAAUUUUUUCAUGAUUCAGCCUCACCACACUGGUUAAAGGCUGCUGAGGCCCUUCAGUGUUCCCAUUUUGAUGAAGUACAACGCAUGUUGUCACAAUUCACUCAAGCCCAAACUGUUGACAUUCAGGGCACAACCCUCAGUGUUGCAGAGGUCACAGCCAUUGCGCGCCUUGGCCACGUCAAAGUUAACCUUGAUGAAGCCAUGGCUCGUGACCGUGUCACCAAAAGUGCCGACUGGGUUGCCCAUAACAUCUCAAUUGGGAAGGACAUAUAUGGUGUCACCACGGGAUUCGGUUCCACAUCCCAACGGCGCACCAACAAGACCUCUGACCUCCAAACAGAGCUCAUUCGGUUCCUCAAUGCCGGAGUGAUUGGGAAAGACAAUCUUCCCCAGAGUUACUCCAAGGCUGCCAUGCUUGUCCGAGCCAACACACUCAUGCAGGGUUAUUCCGGCAUCCGGUGGGAGAUUCUCGAAGCCAUGACCAAGCUUAUGAAUCAGAAUUUGAUCCCAAAACUCCCUCUAAGAGGGACUAUCACUGCUUCAGGUGAUCUCGUGCCAUUAUCUUACAUUGCAGGACUCUUAACCGGACGACAUAACUCGAAAGUGGUCACACCAGAAGGUGAAGAGAUCACAUCCAUGGAGGCUUUAAAAAGAGCUGGAAUAGCAGCCCCUUUCGAGCUACAAGCAAAGGAGGGUCUGGCUCUUGUCAAUGGCACCGCCGUUGGUUCAGCCGUGGCUGCAACGGUCUGUUUUGAUGCCAAUCUAUUGGCUCUGCUAGCUGAAAUUCUCUCUGCUAUGUUCUGUGAAGUGAUGCAUGGAAAGCCUGAGUUUGCGGACCCAUUGACGCAUGAGCUCAAACACCAUCCCGGCCAGAUUGAGGCGGCUUCUAUCAUGGAAUUCCUUCUUGAUGGAAGUGAUUACAUGAAAGAAGCAAGCAUCCGCCACGAGAAAGACCCCCUCACGAAGCCUAAACAAGACAGGUACGCCCUCAGAACAUCUCCACAAUGGUUGGGGCCACAAAUUGAAGUGAUUCGAAUGGCGACGCAUUCAAUUGAGAGGGAGAUCAAUUCAGUGAAUGAUAAUCCAUUGAUUGAUGUUGCUCGUGAUAUCGCUCUCCAUGGAGGCAACUUUCAAGGCACACCUAUUGGUGUUUCUAUGGACAAUCUAAGACUUGCCAUUGCAGCAAUUGGGAAGCUGAUGUUUGCUCAAUUUUCCGAACUUGUUUGUGACUACUACAACAAUGGGUUGCCUUCAAAUUUGAGUUGUGGUCCAAAUCAAAGCUUGGACUAUGGACUCAAAGGUGCAGAGAUAGCCAUGGCUGCAUAUUGCUCCGAGCUUCAGUACUUGGCAAACCCUGUCACAACACAUGUACAAAGUGCUGAGCAACACAAUCAGGAUGUGAAUUCUUUGGGCUUGAUCUCAGCUAGAAAAAGUGCUGAAGCUAUAGACAUCCUCAAGCUCAUGUCUGCAACUUUCAUGGUGGGGCUUUGUCAAGCAAUUGAUCUGAGACACCUAGAAGAAAACAUGAGGGAAUCUGUAAAACAAGCUCUCCAGCAAGCAGUGAGAAAGACCCUUUACACUGCUGAAGAUGGUUCGCUGCUCGAAUCGCGUUUCUGCGAAAAGGAGCUCCUGCAAGUUAUUGAGCACCAACCAGUCUUCACCUACCUUGAUGAUCCAGCAAACCCAUCUAAUGUGCUUUUGCCUCUACUCCGAGAAGUUCUUGUUAACAGAGCACUGAAAGAUUCAGAAGCCGAAGAAGUGGGUAAAAAUGGCGGGUUUUCGAUCUUCAAGAGGAUUCCAAUUUUUGUGCAGGAGUUGAAGGGCAGAUUGGGAGAGGCAGUGUCGAAAGGGAGAGAGAGAUUUGAGAAUGGUGAUUUCAUGGUAGAAAACAGAAUCAAGAAAUGUAGGACUUACCCAGUGUAUGGGUUUGUGAGGAGUGAAGUAGGGACUGAGCUUCUUAGUGGUGCAAAGAAAGUGAGUCCAGGUGAAGAUAUAGAGAAGGUUCAUGAAGCCAUCAGUGAAGGGAAAUUGGGUGGUGUUCUGAUGAAGUGUUUGGCAUUUUGAAAAGGGUCACAAAUAGUGACUAAUUAAGCAGUGUAAUGCUGAGUACUUUUGGGGCAUUAGGAGAGGGUUUUGCAACCCUUUAUAUUAUAGUGUAUUGGUUUUUGUUGCAUGUAGCUUUGAGCAAUAUAGAUUGUAUGUAAUUGCUGUUAUUUUUUAUUUAGUGUGUGUAGAUUUCAAUUUUUAUCCAAUAUUAAUUGAGUUUUAAUGCAAUAUGAAUGCUUUGCAUUUUUAGACUCAAAAUUUGAUUGGUGAAAGUGUCUAAUCUUAUGUUUGGGAGUACAAAAUUGG